AUUAGCUAAAAUUUCACGUGAAUUUUCUCUCUACGCUAUCAAACCCCACAUUGGAAGAAUGAUCAAUGAGCUAUCCGCUCCUAAACUUAAGCUUCUAUUCAUUAAUGUAUUUUCGAUUUUGCACAGUGCUACUUAUUUGAAUGUGUACCGCUUAUAUGCAGACUUGAAAAACGUGAAAGCUGGCGUGGAUGGGUCUAAUGAGGAGCUCUGGAUCAGGGAGAUCUUUAUAUUCCUCAUCAGUGUUUUCAUAGUGAUUCGCUUUUGUCUAUGCUUCGUAGGAUUGGCAUCGAACAUUGUGGCCAUAUACCCAAUUCUAACAAAUUCGCAAGCUGAAAUGCUUAUGCCUACCAUCAUAGUGCAGGCCAUUGACAAUGUCGUCCUAAAUCUCUGCGAGAUUACUUUGGGCUACGGCAGCUUGUGCUAUCUCUAUCCUGACAGUACGCCUGUUUUCAUCUUCUUUCUUAUACAGAUGGGAGUCAAGAUUGCCUGCAGCAUCUCUGUCUUGAAUAUUUAUUCGGACCAUCACAAUCACUUGGCAACUCUAGUUUCCUUCAACGAGGAAUCACAUAGUUUGGGACCAGACAGUGUAGAUGAAAUCGAAUUGGAGAACCAAAACUUGGAUUUUUCCUAACUAACUAAAUAUAUAUCUUAAAAUAGAAUGAUAAUAUACUAUAAAAUC